CACGAAAGCUCCACACACCACAACGUCGCCGGCUGCAUACACUAAAGAUGCCCGCCUACCACUCUGUCUUCCUCGAGGAGCCCAACCAGCAGCUCAUUGGCAACUUCGCCCUCCUUCCACUUCGCACACGGACUCGCGGACCCGCACAACAGCUGCCUGCCCUGCCCGCGGACGUCACAGAGCUUACCAUCGAUGCAUCACACGAAUCUUACGACCCUCUCGAUGAGAUCCUCGCCCUUUUUCGCGCAAACACAUUCUUCCGCAACUUCGAGAUCAAGGGUCCCGCCGACCGCGUCAUGAUCUAUGGCAUCCUGUAUGUGAGCGAGGUACUGGGCAAGAUCAAGCCAGGCAUGGGUCGGAGGGAAGCCGAGAAGGCGGUCAUGAACCUCUCACUCGACACCAACUUCGCGAUUCCAGGCGAUGCCGGAUUUCCCUUGAAUCAGGCUUUCGAGGCACCCCCAGACAGGAACUCUGCGGAGGUACUGCGACAGUACAUCAUGCAAAUGCGUCAAGAGCUGGCCUCAAGAUUAUUGAACAGAGUAUACGCCGACGAGACGGGUGCGCCGAGCAAGUGGUGGCUGAGCUACACAAAGAGGAAGUUCAUGGGCAAGGCGUUGUAGGGACAAGCAGGAAAAGACUGCAAGGACAGUCAAGUCAGUAGCAUGUUAGUGUGACGCAUGUCGAAUCCUGCAGGAUCUGUGAGGCCACUUGAAAGAAGCAGGAAAUCUAGCAAAUCAACCCAAGUCAAAUGCAAAGCUCCCAAUUGAAGAAUGUAAGGGUAUCAGGAUUCAGCCUAGGCUUCUGCGGGUGUCUCCGCAGCGCUCGUUUCAGCAGGCGUCUCAACCACCGUCUUCCUCUUCUUCCUCGUCCCGUGCCCUCUCGCCUCCAC